CCACCACCACCACGCACACUUCAACACCAACACUGCCUGCCAGCCUGCCCUGACUGCCCCCCAUGACGGAGAUCCAGCAGCAGCCUCAGCUCGACUGGGCCGGCGAUGCCUUCAGUGCUCUGCAUUCGGCAACCAUGAAUCCCCAGCAGGACAAAUGGGCCGCUGCCUUCAGCAACCCCGCCUCCAUGGCGACGCAGGCCUUCUCCAUCCCGCCCUCGCUCCUCACGCAUGCUACGCUGGAGCGAUAUGGCCAGGUCACUCCGCCCGAGGAGCGCUCGCCCACGCACCCCCUGCGCCAUGAGCGCGAAAACUCGAUUCCUGUUGAGCAGCUCCGCAACGAGACGGCUCUGUGGCCCAAGCAAACACCCUCGCCGCUGCAAAUGACCCCGCCAGAGGAGCCCUCCCCUAAGCGACGACGCACCAGCAGACAAGCACUUGCCAAUCACGACAACGCUACUGCCACUCUGCCAAGUGCUGCUGUACCACCCCACCAGGAAAACGUCGACGCCAACCCACAGCCCCCCAAGCGCAAGCGGGGUAGGCCCAAGUCUCAGCCGCAGAUGGUCGAGGCCUACACGGCUGACGGCUAUCCGUUCCAGGUGUCGUCUGCCCGGCAGAACCACCUCGAGAAGAACCGCGUCGCUGCACACAAGUGCAGACAGCGCAAGAAGGAGUACAUCAAUGGCCUCGAAGGCCGCGCCCGCGAAUUCUCGGCCAAGAACAAGAUGCUCAAGGAGAAUGUGGCGCUGCUCCGCGAGGAAGUGCUCAACCUCAAGAACGAAGUCCUCCGCCAUGCUGGCUGUGGCUUCUGGGCGGUUGACGAAUACCUGGCGCGAUGUGCAGGCGGCCUUCUUGGUAUGGAAGCUCCCCCGUCCGACAUGCGCCAUUCAGUGUCACGCCACAGCACGACGCAUCAAAGCCCCACCUCGCCCGUAUCUCACCUGGCCGGCCAACAUGGCCGCGAACCCAGCAUGACAUCCAUGACGUCGGCAGAUGCCGACGAUAUGGGUGGCCUCGAACUCCUCAAGGACUUUACGGAUGAGGACAUGGACGACUUGGCGCCGUAAGAAGCGCCCCCUUGGCCAGUUUUUUUUUGCCACCGAGCCUGCUUUCCGACUUUUGACCUUGAGUUCAUUUCCUGGUACGCGAGCACGCUAGCUGUUUGCACCUCUCUUCCAACGAUUCUUACGAUACCCCGGGGUUUUUGGCGUGCUGUGAGCAGCAAAGAAAAGCUUCAUCUUUUUACCUCUUAUCUUGCAUGAUUCUAUAUUGGCAGCACUGAUCAGUCUUGGGCUGGAGCAUAUGCUCUGCAGCAGUGCCGACUGAUGGACGGGCGUUUUUGAAGCAAUGGCUCGAGUCUGACGACGACGUAUACGAGUGUAUGAUUAGGAAGCCAUUGAAGUUGAUGAUGAACGUCACUUCUCUAUGUCGAUAGUUGCUGCUAUAGUAUCCAAGCUACUUUUGC